AUUUGGCGUUCCCCCUCUCCUUCACACUUACGUCCCAGAUACAUCAUUGUAUUUCUGGAAACUGGAAGCCAAACAUCCUCGGAGACCCUUAUGUCAUUACGGUGUCUCCGAUCAUUAUGGAGUGUGCAGCAGCGACGAUUGCAAGCAUUGAACUAUCAAAUUCUAUACACAGACUGCUCACGAAAGUUACCUUGAAUUUGGAAUCAUUCAGCAAUGCGCCGGAAACCCUGGAGCGACUAAGAUCGGAACUUUGGGCCAUCGAAAAGCUUCACAUAAGCAGCGAUUUCUUUGAUCGCCGACCGAAAAGAAACACAUAUUCUGCCCGAAAAGAUCCAAAGUCAGCUUUACUGCAGCUAGCGAAAGAACUCGCGGCCGAACUCCAAGACCUAAAAGAUGGACUCCCCUCAACGAAGACCUCAGGUCACCUGGCACCACAUCACGGGCGACUCCUCAUUAAACUCGACAAAUCCAAAUUGUCUGAACGUAUUAAUAAAAUCGCCGAUUAUCGAGAAUAUUGGGCGCGGCUACUCGAUGUCUCUCAGUCGCCAGUCUCAGUCAAAGACUUCCUCCAAUGGCUUUCUCCUCCGGACUUCUUUUCGAGACAUGAAACGUUGUUGCAGUCAGCUGCUUCCUCCUCAAGCUCUUGGGUUUUAGAAAGCAAUGUCUUGAAAGAAUGGGUGGGAUCGCCAGGGAAAACACUGUGGUGUACAGGUCGCCCGUUGCCAUCUACUAACUCCCACGGAAGCUGGCACAGGAAAAUCGGUCCAAUGGUAGGGGUCCUAACAUGAGAGUCAAUUCUAUAGCGACUGACGUUCCGUUUCCGUAGUUCCGUAAUUGUCGACUUUUUGGUGAAGGAAUUUCGGCCUCCUGACUUUGUCGGCUAUGUUUAUUUUGACGCCUCAAAACGAUACGACCCU